AUGUCCGGAUCUCCGAUAGCCGCCCUUCGUCCACCUGUGUCGAAGAAGUCGCUUCGCCGUCGCUUCACGCCCUCAUUCCAGCGAGUCCUCGGAUCCGUCUCCUUACCCACCCCUCUCCAAAAGCUACCUGCAAUGGACUCCUUCACGACCAUCCUCUCGAUCUCCAGCUCUUCGGAGUCGACCGCGCAACCUCAAUUCCCCUCCAACGAAGAUUCAUCCUCGUCUACCCAGACCUACUGCGUCAUCGCGCGCACCGAGGACGCGGAGGGGCCGCUGUCAUUCGAUGGCAGCACUUCGACGCAGACCUACUGCGUCAUCGCAUGA